CCGUCAUUAAAAGCAAAAGAAGGGUGUUUCUUCCUUCCCCCGUUGUUGCUUGGUACGGAGGAUUGGGCUGUUGCGUGUUCUUUCACUUCGUUCGGCUCUUUUAUUUUGUUUACCAGUUAAAAGAUUAUUGAGUCUGUCCGAAGCAGAGAUCCAGCAGGAUGGCGCUUAAUCUAACCAUAAACGCCAACAACCCGCCUCUAGGUGCUCUUUUGGCUGCAGAGCACGUGAAAAGCAGUGUGCAGGUGUCUGUGGAGGAGGGCAAAGACAACAGGCUUCACAUCUCAGAUUCCAUCCAGUUCAGCGACGCUAACUCCAUCAGCCGCUACCUGGCUCGGGUGGCUCCUGCUCUCGGCCUUUAUGGGUCCAACCUGAUGGAGCAGACUGAGGUGGAUCACUGGCUGGAGUUCAGCGCCCGGCGUCUGUGUGAUCAGCCCAGCCUGACAGCGGUGCUGGGUGAGCUGGAUAAGGCUCUGUCCCUUCGGACCUUCCUGGUCGGACAUGCCAUCACCUUGGCUGACCUGUCUGUCUGGGCAGCUCUCAAGGAUCACAGCGAUUGGUUGAGUCAGGGGAAGUCGUUCCCUCAUGUCAGUCGCUGGUUCUCUUUCCUGACCUCACAAGUUCCCUUCUCUUCUGUGGGUAACAAGUACGCUAGUAAGAAGGCCCCGGUCAACAAGUCCAGUUCAAAUGAGAAGAAGCAGGAUGUUGGAAAGUUUGUGGAGUUGCCAGGAGCUGAGAUGGGCAAGGUGGUGGUUCGAUUUCCUCCCGAGGCCAGCGGAUACCUGCACAUAGGCCACGCCAAAGCCGCCCUGCUCAACCAGUACUACCAGGUGACCUUUAAAGGCAAGCUCAUCAUGCGCUUUGAUGACACCAACCCCGAGAAGGAGAAGGAGGACUUUGAGAAGGUGAUCUUGGAAGACGUCUCCAUGCUCCAGAUCCGUCCAGACCAGUUCACCUACACCAGUGACCACUUCCCCACCAUCAUGAAACUGGCCGAGAAGCUGCUCGCCGAGGGCAAAGCGUACAUCGACAACACGCCUCCAGAGCAGAUGAAGCAAGAGAGAGAGCAGCGCAUCGAGUCCAAAUGCAGAAACAAUACUGUGGAGCAGAACAUGAAGAUGUGGGCUGAGAUGAAGGCCGGGACAGAGUACGGUCAGACCUGCUGCAUGAGAGCCAAGAUGGACAUGAGCUCCAACAACGGCUGCAUGAGAGACCCCACCCUCUAUCGCUGCAAGAACACCCCCCACCCUCGCACCAGAGACACCUACAAGGUCUACCCGACAUAUGACUUCGCCUGCCCCAUCGUGGACAGUUUGGAAGGUGUUACCCACGCGCUCAGGACCACCGAGUACCACGACCGUGACGAUCAGUUCUACUGGAUAAUCGAGACCCUGGGUCUUAGGAAGCCCUACAUCUGGGAGUACGCCAGGCUCAACCUGAACAACACCGUGCUUUCAAAGCGGAAGCUGACCUGGUUUGUCGAUCAGGGAUACGUUGAGGGGUGGGACGACCCUCGCUUCCCAACUGUCAGAGGAGUGUUGAGAAGAGGAAUGACUGUAGAAGGUCUGAAGCAGUUUAUAGCAGCUCAGGGCGGAUCGAGGUCUGUGGUCAACAUGGAGUGGGACAAGAUCUGGUCCUUCAAUAAGAAGCUGCCAGUUAGCUGUCUGAAGGUUAUUGACCCAGUAGCUCCCAGGUACACGGCUCUGUCCAGCUCCUACGUGGUUCCCGUUUCUGUCCCAGAGGCAUCAGAGGAGAUGAAGGAAGUGGCUAAACAUCCAAAGAACACUGAGGUCGGGAUGAAGGAGGUGUGGUACGGACCCAGAGUUCUGGUUGAAGGAGCAGAUGCUGAGACUUUCAAAGAGGGAGAGGUGGUCACUUUUAUCAACUGGGGCAACCUCAUCAUCACAAAGAUUAACAAAGGGGCUGACGGUAAGGUCAUGUCCAUGGAGGCUCGUCUAGACCUGGACAACAAAGAUUUUAAGAAAACAACAAAGAUCACAUGGCUGGCUGAGACAGACAGUGCUCCUCUGCUGCCCACCAUCUGCAUCAACUACCAGCCACUCAUCUCUAAAGCUGUCAUCACCAAAGAUGACGACUUCAAAGAGUACAUAAACAAGAAAAGCAAGCUGGAGGAGAAGAUGCUUGGUGAUCCGUGUCUGAAAAACCUAAAGAAAGGUGACAUCAUUCAGCUUCAGAGGCGGGGCUUCUACAUCUGUGACCAGCCCUUCGAGCCAGUCAGUCCCAACAGCUGCAAGGAGAGUCCUUGUGUCCUGAUCUACAUUCCUGAUGGUCACACAAAGGAGAUGCCAACAACUGGAUCUAAGGAUAAGAGCAAGAGCCAGGCCUCCAUAAACGCCUCUGCUCCCACAACCAAAGCUCCUUCUGCCCCUGCUCCAACUCCUACUCCUGCUUCAGCUCCUGCUCCUGCUUCAGCUUCAAAUUCAGCACCUGACCUGUUUGCCAGCAUAGUGGCACAAGGGGAAGCUAUCCGUAACCUGAAGGCUGCCAAAGCUCCUAAGGAGGAAGUAGAUAAGGCAGUUCAGCAGCUGCUUUCCUUUAAGGCUCAGUUUAAGCAGCUGACAGGUGUGGAUUACAAACCUGGUAUGGCUCCUCCCACUUCUCCAGCAUCCACAGCAGCCCCACCGUCGGACUCCUCCUCCUGUCCGUACACCCGUGUUAGUCAGCAGGGGGAGCUGGUGAAGAAGCUGAAAGCAGAGCAGGCACCUAAGGAGCAGAUUGACGCUGCAGUGAAGCAGCUCCUCGCUCUCAAGGCGGAGUUUAAAAAGUUCACCGGUCAGGAUUACAAACCAGGGAUGGUCCCGCUCACUCCCUCGGCUCCCACCGCCGUGACUCCCCCCUCACCUCCCUCUUCUUCGGACCUGUAUGAGCGUGUGGCACAACAGGGGGAAGUUGUGAGGAAACUGAAGUCUGAAAAGGCCCCCAAGGACCAGGUUGACGCGGCUGUGAAACAGCUGUUGGCCCUCAAAGCAGACUACAAACAGGUCACAGGUCAGGACUACAAACCUGGAGCUGCCCCAGCCCAGAGCAAGCCCACCCCCACCCCCGCUGCUCCUGCUGCAUCUGACUUGUAUGAAAAGGUCGCUGAGCAAGGAGAGGUGGUCAGGAAGCUAAAGGCUGAAAAAGCCUCUAAGGACCAGGUUGACGCAGCUGUGAAACAGCUGUUGGCCCUCAAAGCAGAAUACAAACAGGUCACAGGUCAGGACUACAAACCUGGAGCCGCUCCAGUCCAGAAGACCACAGCUCCAGCCCAGAGCCAGCCCAACCCUGCCCCCGCUGCCUUGGGUCUCUACGAGCAGGUUGCUGAACAAGGAGAGGCGGUCAGGAAACUAAAGGCUGAAAAGGCUCCUAAAGAUCAGAUUGAUGCUGCAGUGAAGCAGCUGUUGGCUCUUAAAGUGGAGUACAAACAACAGACUGGUCAGGAUUAUAAACCAGGUUCACAGGCUCCAGUUAGCCCUGUACAAACCCAGGCCAGCACUUCCCCCGACCAGUCCGGUUCAUCUCCACAGGCUCAGGAACUGUUUGCACAGGUGACCCUGCAGGGGGAGCUGGUGAGAAAGCUGAAGGCGGAGAAGGCUGCUAAGGAGCAGGUGGAUGGAGCUGUGAAGGCUCUUCUGGACCUGAAGAGCAAGUACAAGUCUGUGACUGGAGAAGAAUACAAGCCUGUGGCUGCUGCUGGAGCCACCGGAGGGGAAGACAAAAACCGCAAGGAGAGGGAGAACAAGUCUGAGAAACGAGGAGGAGGAGGAGGAGGGGGGAAGAAGGGUAAAGGAGACACAGCAAGUCAAGGCAAAGAGGCGUCCGGUGGCGCAGGAGGCUCAGGGGAGGGUCAAGGUCCCAAAAAACAAACCCGGUUGGGUUUGGAGGCCAAGAAAGAGGAGAACCUAGCUGACUGGUACUCUCAGGUCAUCACUAAGGCAGAGAUGAUCGAGUACUACGACGUGAGCGGCUGCUACGUGCUGCGGCCCUGGUCCUACUCCAUCUGGGAGGCUAUCAAAGAAUUCUUUGACAAAGAAAUUAGGAAACUGGGUGUGGAGAACUGCUACUUCCCCAUGUUUGUCUCUCAGGCCGCCCUGGAGAAGGAAAAAUCCCACAUCGCAGACUUUGCCCCUGAGGUUGCCUGGGUAACUCGAUCUGGGAAGACCGAGCUGGCGGAGCCCAUCGCUGUCAGACCCACCAGUGAGACAGUGAUGUAUCCUGCCUACGCCAAAUGGGUCCAGUCCCACAGAGACCUGCCCAUCAAACUCAACCAGUGGUGUAACGUUGUGAGGUGGGAGUUCAAACACCCUCAGCCCUUCCUGAGGACACGCGAGUUUCUGUGGCAGGAGGGACACACAGCGUUUGCCACAAAGGAGGAGGCAGCCGAGGAGGUGCUUCAGAUCCUGGAUCUGUAUGCCAGGGUGUACGAAGAGCUGAUGGCGAUCCCGGUGGUGAAAGGGAGGAAGACGGAGAAGGAGAAGUUUGCUGGAGGAGAUUACACAACCACAGUGGAGGCGUUCAUCUCUGCUAGUGGUCGAGCCAUUCAGGGUGCCACAUCCCACCAUCUGGGUCAGAACUUCUCUAAGAUGUUUGAGAUUGUGUUUGAGGAUCCCAAGAAGCCGGGUGAGAAGCAGCUGGCUUUUCAGAACUCCUGGGGCAUCACAACCAGGACCAUCGGCGUCCUCACCAUGGUCCACGGAGACAACAUGGGACUCGUCCUCCCCCCCAGAGUGGCCUGCCUGCAGGUUGUCAUCAUCCCAUGCGGGAUCACUGCAGCUCUGCCAGAGCAGGAGAAGGACGCCCUGUUAGCCCUGUGCUCCACAUACCUGAGCAGGCUGCUGGAUGCUGGCGUCAGGGUGAAGACGGACCUCAGAGAGAACUACUCCCCAGGGUGGAAGUUCAACCACUGGGAGCUGAAGGGAGUCCCUGUGCGUCUGGAAGUGGGUCCCAAAGACAUGCAGCAGAAGCAUUGUGUGGCAGUGAGGAGAGACUCAGGUGAAAAGGUGAAGAUUCCCGAGGCUGAGGUGGAGAAGAAGCUGGUCACCAUGUUGGAGGACAUCCAGAACAGCUUGUUUAAGAAAGCUUCCGAUGACCUGCAGAGUCAUAUGGUGGCUGCAGACACAAUGGAACAGUUCCAGAAGGACUUGGACCAGGGCAGAAUUGUCCAGAUCCCGUUUUGUGGAGGGAUUGAGUGCGAAGACUGGAUUAAGAAAACAACAGCCAAGGACCAGGACUUGGAGCCUGGAGCUCCGUCUAUGGGGGCCAAGAGCCUCUGCAUCCCCUUCUCUCCUCUGAAAACUCUGCAGCCUGGUCAGAUGUGUGUCAGUGGCAAGGAGCCUGCUCAGCAUUAUACGCUGUUCGGACGCAGCUACUAAAGACCUGCUCCCAGAGAGCAGCCUCCUCUAACCUGUCUCACUUCUGACCUUAAUCCAGACAGUGGUUACUGACCUGUGGGCUUCAAAGGAAAAUGUUUCUAUUUUUUACAUGACUUCUGUUGUAAACAGAUUUUUUUUCUAUCUUUUAUCUAUGUAAUCCUGGUGACUGUGUGGAAGCUGUAGAGAGAUGGAGUCUUCUUACACACACGGCUUUAGUCGUGCUUUAAGGGAAAUGGGUUUGAGCUUUUGGAGAAGAUGAGCAUUACCAAAAUCGUUUUGUUAGAAAUUCCUUCUACUUCCUCUGUUUAAGUACUUCUGGUUUCAAAAGUCAGUCGUGCAACAUUCUGCCACUUCCACAUUUACAGUAUUGGAUAAAGGAGCUCAUGUGGAAAA